CUUGUUUAGCAGUGUGCUAAUAUAUAUUUUAAUUUAGGAAUGUUAAACCCUUUACAGCAAAGGCCGGUAAAGAAGAGUAAUGGAAGAUAAAAGGCAGAGAGCCAGAGUCCAGGGUGGCUGGGCUAGCCAGGGUAGUAGCAGAAUGACCCCAUGUACAGCUUUUAGAGAUUCCAGUGCUAGAAAUCAAGCAUUUGCCAAUUCAGCACCAUCCAGGUUCCAAAGAGAGGCAGAGCUUUCAUCCAAAAGACAAUUUGUUUUUAAAGCACCUGAAGAGGUUGUAUGCAAAGUCCCAGAACCUAGAUUGAUAGAGAAACAGGGUCUAUAUGAGAUCAGCACAUUGCCCUCAGGAGUUUCAAAGAUUCAUUUGAUUCCUGGCUUCGUUUCCUUGAGUGAAGCAGACUGGAUGUUUGACCAGCUUUUCCAUGAAAUUCCAUGGAGGCAAAGAACACAUGUUAGACACGAUCGAUCUUACGAUGAACCCAGACUCACAGCAUGGUAUGGAAAACUACCCUACACCUAUUCCAGGCUUGAAAUGCAGGCAAACCCUGAUUGGCACCCACUCCUGGCCAUGUUGAAGGAUCUUGUAGAAGAUUUCACCAAGAACACCUUCAACUCCCUACUCUGUAACCUCUACCGAAAUGAAAAGGACAGUGUUGACUGGCAUAGUGAUGAUGAACCUACGCUGGGGAAAAACCCCAUAAUUGCAUCGCUCAGCUUUGGCGCCACCCGGAUGUUUGAGAUGAGGAAGAAGCCUCUGCCUGAAGAUAACAGUGAUUAUACUUAUGUGCAGAGAGUUCAGAUACCACUGGAUCAUGGUACUUUGCUAAUGAUGGAAGGAGCUACUCAAGAAGACUGGCAGCAUCGUGUUCCCAAGGAGUAUCACUCCAGGGAACCACGUAUAAAUUUGACAUUCAGGACAAUGUAUCCAGAACCAGAGGCAAUGCAUACUUGACUGAAAGAAAUGCAGAACUGUAUUUUUGCUGCUGAGCCCAGAGGUUAAUGCUGGCUUGGAUAUAAUGACCCAGCCAGGUUCGCAUUUUACUGCCAUCAUCUCAGGGGAAAAGAAAGAGAUUGCUGCAAAGAGAACUUUUGCAUAUUUCCAUUGAGCAAUGUAUCGCUUUCUUGGGCUGCUUGCUAAUAGGUAAUGCCUGAUGAUAAAAUUAUUUGUUAUUGUUUAAAACUUGUUAAAAUGGUAAAUGCAUUCAGAGUGCAAAUGUCAUCUUCAAUAGAGAACUGAAAGGAUUUUUCUUGAGGAGAAAGACUAAUAGUAGACUUCAGAAACAUCUCCAUUUUCAGAACGUGUAACUGUAGUUGCCACAUUCAUGACCAUUUCCUGCAAUACUGGGGCAAUUUUUUGGAGGGGAGGAAAUGUCUGGCAUAAUUAGCUGUAAUCCUGUGGCUUGGAUAAUUUCAGUAGGAUCUUCGACCUUUUCUAAUAAAGGCAUUAUUACUGAACAUAGAACAAAGCAGUUGUAAAUAGCUCAUGACACAGUUCUAGCAUUCCGUAGUGUUAGAUGAACUUCAGUAACGUUCGAAAAUAUGAAUCUAGGAGCCUUGGCCUCAUUUUUCAAGGGUCAGGAGCAUAUUCCUUCUCAAGUUAGUUAGUCAUGUAAAUAGAUGGGAAGGAAUGACCACAUUCCUCAUUAUGAUUGGUCAGGAUCUUCAGUUGAGAAGCACUGCACUGGAAUAUAGGUAGCACAAUAAUGACUCAGUGCUAUGUCUGUGAUCUCUGGGUAUCAGCAAAUUUUUCAAAACGAACAAAUAAUUAUCAAGUGUAUCAAGUGAAAUUUUGAUAAACCACCUUGACUCUAUGGAGUAGGUGGUAUGCAAACAAGUGUAAUAAAUAAAUCUGCCCAUUUUACUGUCAAAGCAGGCAGUGAAUAUUUCUUUAGCGUUUUACCUUAUGGAACAAUUGUUAAAGCCAGUUACUUCCUACAUGGGCAACACAAGCGAAUAAUAUAUACCCUUACUGAUAAAUAUUAUCAGUAAUUGUAUAUGAUUUGGAACUACUGUACAGACAAAAAAGUCCUGACAAAGAUACAUUAAAUAUCAAACUUUGAAGUUCAGUUAGCUGACUGUUACAGUACUACGUUGGCUGUUUUUCAAGUUUAGUUGGCAGGGGGUAUCCAAUGUUUAGAGAAAGAAAAAGUCAUAGCUUAUUUGAAAAUAAUACACUUGUAAUUUUUCCAGGGUUAUAAAUGUUCAAAGCUCUUCCUCAUGGCCACCUUUACAGGUAGUCCUUGUUUAGAGACUGCCUCAUUUAGUGACUGUUUGCAGUUAUGAUUGUGACAAUAAAGUAACUUUGCAACCAGUCCUCACAUUUAAGACCUGCGCAGAUCUGCAAAGUAAAGGAAAGCUGAAGUAAGAUGAUAAGCACAUACACGGUUUCACUUUGUGACCACUUCACUUAAUGACUGAGUUGCUGGUCCCAGUUGUGGUAACUAAAUGAGGGCUACCUGUAUUCCUGUAGCUGUGGAGUUGGCAGAAAUAUAUGAUGACCUAAUUUGUGCUCCUGCUAACUAAUCUAUCUCAGGGGGCUUUGAGUGAUCCUGUCCAUACACAUUUACUGUAGGCCACUUUAAGAACAGUAAUUGGUGGAUUCCUUUGUUUUGUUUCCCUGUCCAUCCAGUGUCAGUUGCUGGUGAGAAACUAUCCAUCAGUCACUCUCUUUACAGUGGGGUGGGGUAGGCUUGGUUAAGUGUGGUUGGGUGUUUGGGAUGGGGGCUUUAGACACCUCUCAAGUUGCUGGAAUGGCAGGUUGCUGGUGAGGAAGUGCACCACACGAGUAAACUUCCACUGGGGAUAUUUCUGAAUGCAAGUUUAUCUGUCUUCUGGAAGGUUUGUAAACCUGUGUCCCAAAAUAGUCCAGCCAACAGGUCAGUUGGUUAGAGGAGAGAGAUGGAGUGAAGCUCUCAACUGGCCGCCUGCCUCCCAACUUGUUAGCUGGGUUGUUUUGGGACAGGGAUUUACCAGUCUUUUGGAACGUGACAAUUUUAUCAUUGUUCCUGUGACUUGGGCUGGAAGAGGAGACUUGUAAAAAUCGCUGUACAUUUCUGCUUUUAGCAGUAACUGUAAAGUGUGAGUGCUCAAAUUAUUGAAGUAAACUGGGUAGAAUUUACUUUCCAAGUUGUAAAGGUAAUAAAGUAAUGCCUUGAAUCUUAUGUAAAGAAUCUUGCAAUUUUCUCAAAUGGAUUUUGAACCGCCCAGAGGCCUCCGACGGGAGGAGAUGGGCGGGGAUAAAUUAAAUAAAUAAAUACUAGAUUCUACCAUUCAUGGGUCCAAACUAAUCAGCUAGUGUGUAAUGAUCUUGAAAUGGUUUGUGUAUAAACAUAAGGUAGGAGAUCAAGCAGCAUGCAUCGCUACAGUUUUGCACAUGUAUUUAAAAAUGGAAAGGGAAAAGUUCAACACAUGGAGAAAAGUUUUCCUUAACAAUACCAAAUAUCUUAGAAGUUUGAAUUUCUACCAAAAGCUUGCAGUAAAACUGCCUAAAGUAACUGAUGAUCUGGUGCUUUGUGAAUGACUGAACUGAACAACUGCAAAAGCCUGAAGGGGGAUGCCCACCAGGAUCUGUACUCAACGAUUUUUAUUUAGAUUUUGUAACUGAAAAAAUGAGGGAGAAGCUAGCUUGCCAAUACCUAUAAUAUUUGCCUUCAAUAUAACCUUUAUAUGUGAGAGUCUCUGGGCUUCCAUAGGCCUUACAGUUUUUCUUAGAAAGUAAACAUGGUGAGGAGUUGCACCUGAGUGUUUCGUCUGGAAAUGGCCCCCAUGUCCCCAGAAAAGUCAAAAUUAAGCUGAAAUGAUGGGAACCCCCCCACCCCCAAUUGUUAACCGCUGGGUUAAUAUUUCAUACUUGGAUUAGGUAGACAUAAGUGGCAAUGCUUGGGGUGGUCUGCUGCUCUCCUGUAAAUGGUUCUCUUCCUCCUUCCCCCUUACUUAGAGUUUGUUCAUUAUCUGCUCUGAUUCUGAAUGUGUGAUUCAACCUUUUCUGUACAUUAAAAAAAUUGAGUAGCUGGACAACAA